AUGAGGAGGUGUUUCCGGUCCUUGCGGACAGAGACGGUCCUAGCCAUGGUCCUCUGCACCUUCUCGCUCCUUUUCCUCCUCUUCAAUCUGCACACGACGCCGCCCAGCCCCUGCGGGAGCCUGGCAGGGCCGCCGGGCACCCCUGGGCCCGGGACCUGGCGCCCUCCGCCCGCCCCAAGCCGGGCCCCGCCCGUGCCCUGCAGGGCCAACGCCUCGAUGGCGAAGCUGCCGGACUUCCCCGGGCAGCCGCCGCACAUCCGGGACUUCCUGCUGCACCGGCACUGCCGCGACUUCCCGCUGCUGCAGGACGCGCCGCCGGGCAAGUGCGCGCCGCACGCCUUCCUGCUGCUGGUCAUCAAGUCCUCGCCCAGCAACUACGAGCGCCGCGAGCUGGUGCGCCGCACGUGGGGCCGCGAGCGCGAGGUGCGGGGCGCCCCGCUGCGCCGCCUCUUCCUGGUGGGCACCGCCGCCGAGCCCAGGGAGGCCCGCAAGGUCAACCAGCUGCUGGCCAUGGAGGCCCGGGUCCACGGCGACAUCCUGCAGUGGGACUUCCACGACUCCUUCUUCAACCUCACGCUCAAGCAGGUGCUCUUCCUCCAGUGGCAGGAGGCCCGGUGCACCAACGCCAGCUUCCUCCUCAACGGGGACGACGACGUCUUCGCACACACGGACAACAUGGUCUCCUACCUGCGGGGCCACGACCCCGACCGCCACCUCUUCGUGGGGCAACUGAUCCGGAACGUGGGGCCCAUCCGGGUCUCCUGGAGCAAGUACUACGUGCCCAAGGUGGUGACGCAGGAGGAGCGCUACCCGCCCUACUGCGGCGGGGGCGGCUUCCUGCUGUCCCGCUUCACCGCCGCCGCCCUGCGCCGCGCCGCCCGCGCCCUGGACCUCUUCCCCAUCGACGACGUCUUCCUGGGCAUGUGCCUGCAGCACGCGGGCCUGCAGCCCGCCUCCCACAGCGGCAUCCGCACGGCCGGCAUCUGGGCGCCCUCCAAGCGCCUGUCCUCCUUCGACCCCUGCUUCUACCGGGAGCUGCUGCUGGUGCACCGCUUCCUGCCCUACGAGAUGCGGCUCAUGUGGGACGCGCUGAGCCAGCCCAACCUCACGUGCGGCCGGCGCAUGCGGGUCUCCUGA